AUGAACACUCGUACAAACUAUUAUCAGGACCAUCCUAAUACUGGUGUCAUAAGAAAGUACGACUUUACCGUCAAUCGGGCCAAGAUAGCUCCUGAUGGAUAUGAGUUGUCCACAAUUCUUGUCAAUGGACAGUUCCCUGCCCCCCUUAUUGAAGCCAACUGGGGCCUGUCUCUGCACUGGCAUGGAAUCCUCCAGAAAAAUAUGCCCUGGGAAGAUGGCGUUCCUGGUGUUACCCAAUGCCCCAUAGCGCCGGGACAGUCGUAUACAUACUCCUUUAUCGCAGAUCUUUACGGCACCAGUUGGUAUCACUCACACUACUCUGCUCAGUACUUGGCUGGUCUGUUCGGUCCAUUGGUCAUUUAUGGUCCGCAGGAAAGGAAAGAUUACGAUAUUGAUGUUGGACCCAUUCUGCUGAGCGACUGGUACCACAAAGAGUAUUUUGAUCUUGUGGAAGAAAUCAUGACACCUGGCGCUCCCGGCAUUGUAUUUUCUGACAGCAAUCUCAUCAAUGGAAAGAUGAAUUUUAAUUGCUCCAGUGUCCAACCCGGCGACAAGACACCCUGCAAAAACAAUGCCGGAAUCUCAAAGUUUCGCUUCAGACGCGGCAAAGUGCAUCGCCUACGCCUCAUCAACCCUAGCGCCGAAGCCAUACAGCGCUUCUCCAUCGACGGCCAUACAAUGACGGUUAUUGCAAAUGACUUUGUUCCAGUCGAGCCCUACAAUACAAAAGUCGUCACCCUUGGUAUUGGACAACGUACAGAUGUCUUGGUCAAAGGCAAUGGGAAAUUGGAGUCCUAUUGGAUGCGCAGUAACAUAUCUGCUAACUGCAGUCUGGCCCGUGCUCAUGAUGCUCUCGCAGCGAUAUACUACGAUAACGCGAAUCCCAAAAAGGAACCAAAGUCAAAACCAUGGAAUAUCCCUGAUCCUGCGACUUGCGCCAACGAUGAUCUGAGCAUGACCAGGCCUUUGAUGAAGUUACCCCUACCUCCAGCCGACAAAACCAUUGAGCUUGAUAUAGCAUCAUUCAAGAACGCGAGCAACAUCACUCUCUGGUCGCUGGGAGGCGUGGCUGCAAGAACAAACUACAACAGCCCAACCCUGCUUCUGAGCAAGCUGGGAAACCACACCUUUGACAAGGAGUGGAAUGUUAUCAAUACUGGCAAGGCAAAGAGCGUUCGAGUGGUGGUUAACAACAAGACGCCUGUAGCUCACCCCAUGCAUCUGCAUGGAUUCAAUAUGUACGUCCUACACGAAGGACUAGGCGACUGGGAUGGCACAAUCAUCAAUGAACACAAUCCACAACGGCGUGACGUCGUUCAGAUCCGGGGUAGAGGACACCUCGUUAUCCAAUUCGACGCUGGGAGUAAUCCAGGUGUCUGGCCGUUCCACUGUCACAUCGCGUGGCAUGUCUCGGCAGGACUUCUCGCACAGUUUCUCACCAAUCCGGAUCAGGUUGAAAAGCUACGUAUACCAAACGUGGUGGCAGAGACGUGCCGGCAAUGGGGACACUGGACUUUGUCCAAUAUCCCGGCACAGAUUGACAGCGGGUUGUGA